UUGAAGGCACUGCGCAACACAAGCAUGUGCCAGUUCUGAGGAUUGGGAGUGUAGCCAAACACCCCUCGACGUGUGACAGGCGAGACAGGAGGGAAGAAAAAUGUGUCCCCGGAAAUAGAAUCCAGUGCAGGCACAUCCCAGUGUCUUGGCCUCACACACCCUCUCACGCCACAGCACGAUCUUGUUAUCGUCCUGAACUGAAGAAGUGCAGUGCGUUCAACGGAAAGCAGAAUGUGAAACGUCUUGGUGAAGGACACAAUAUGGUGAAGUGAGAUAGGGUGAUUUGUGACGAAAGAAGUGAAAAAUGGAGUUUCGCGUGGUGCAGCUCCUUGCGUCUUUCACCCUCUUCUUCAGUUCUACCUCUUUGCCUCAGCAGAUUCCUAUCGCCGGUCUAUUCGACGGGACAUCGGGAAGAGAUGACAGGAUGGGCAUCUUAGAGCUGGCAUUUCGCAAUGCGGUAAAACGAAUCAAUGCGGACCGCUCCAUCCUCCCUGGUUCCAGUCUCAACGAGAGCGUUUUCCACAUCCUCCCCCGAGAUAGCUUCAAGGCUUCCAAGAAAGUAUGCGAGGUGAUGAACCGGGGUGUAGUGGCAGUGUUCGGACCAAGGAACCCCCAGACAUCAGGUCAUGUUCAGAGCAUCUGCGACACUCUGGAGGUACCCCACGUGGAAGCCACAUGGUCCUCCGAUUCCAAUCGGGAUUCCUUCUCCAUCAACGUCUUCCCUCAUCAUAAGACUCUUGGAAUGGCGUACCUGGAUCUCUUGAAGGAAUUGAACUGGAAGUCGUUCACUAUUCUUUACGAAAGCAACGAGGGACUGGUGCGACUGCAGGAGAUCCUCAAGGCCAAGGAUCCUGAAAACUUCAAAGUCCUUGUCAGGCAGCUUUCUGCUGACGGCGACCACCGGCCUUUGCUGAAGUCUCUGAAGAAAGCGGGUCAGACGCACAUCUUGUUGGAUUGCGAGACACCGAAGAUCCAUCAAGUUCUGACUCAGGCCCAGCAGAUUGGCUUGAUCACCGCUUAUCACAAUUACAUCGUCACCUCCCUGGACCUUCACACUGUGGAUUUGGAGAACUUCAAAUACGGAGGGACGAACAUCACAGGUCUCAGGUUAGUGAACACCGAGGAUCGGGUGGUCCAAGAUGUCUUGGCUGACUGGGACACUGCUAUCCCCUUUCUGCGUGACUACAGCCACUCGUAUACUCCAAAGUCCCAGAUCUUCUCCUCUACUUCCAUUUCCGUCAAAUCCUUGACAACGGAGGCAGCGUUGCUGUACGACGCAGUGCAUCUGCUGGCAAAAGCUCUGCACGACCUGGACAACAUCCGAGCGAUCCAAAUCUCUCCUCUCACCUGCAACUCCGACGACGUAUGGACUGAGGGCCGCACCCUCAUCAAUUAUAUGAAAAUGACAGAGAUGCGUGGUCUAUCUGGGAUUGUCCGAUUUGAUGGGUCUGGGGCUAGGUCCAAUUUCAAUUUGGACAUCCUGGAACUAAGCAAACAGGGCCUCAAAGUCGUGGGUCUUUGGGAACCGGGGAAAGGGGCUAAUUACACCCGGAACUGGAAGGACCUUCAACGCCAAAUUCAAGAGAAGCUUGAAAACAAGACUCUCAUCGUCACUACGGCCCUGAGUUCUCCGUAUACGAUGGAGAAGGAGAAUAAAGAGCAUCUGGAGGGGAACGACCGAUUUGAGGGAUUCUGCAUGGAUCUGAUCGAUGAGAUCUCUCAGAUUCUUCACUUCAAUUACACGUACAAACUCGUAGACGACGGAUCCUACGGGGCCAAGGACAAGGACACUGGGGAAUGGAAUGGCAUGAUCAGGGAACUCCUUGAUAGAAAAGCUGACCUUGCUAUAGCAGAUCUUACUAUCAGCUAUCAGAGAGAACAAGCUGUCGAUUUUUCCAUGCCAUGGAUGAACUUGGGCAUCAGCAUUUUGUUCAAGAAACCGACGAAGAAGGAGCCAAAUCUCUUCAGUUUCUUGUCCCCCUUGAGCAUAGACGUCUGGAUCUACAUGGCCACGGCCUAUCUGGGCGUUUCAGUACUCCUCUUCGUACUCGCCAGAUUUAGUCCGUACGAAUGGGAUAACCCUCACCCAUGUGUAGAGGAUCCAGAUGUGUUGGAAAAUAAGUAUAACCUCUUGAAUAGCCUCUGGUUCACCAUAGGCAGUCUAAUGCAACAAGGCUCUGAUAUCGCUCCCAAAUUUACCCCCUACGAAUGGGUCAAUACUCACCCGUGUCGGCCUGAUCCGGAUGAGCUCGAAAAUGAACUCACGCUUUCCAAUGCUUUCUGGCAUAAAUGGGGUUCCCUGAUGCAGCAGGGAUCAGACAUUGCUCCGAAGGCGGUGAGCACCAGGAUCGUGGCAGGAAUGUGGUGGUUCUUCACGUUGAUCAUGAUCUCGUCGUAUACGGCGAACCUGGCGGCAUUCCUCACAGUCGAGAGGAUGGAAUCCCCAAUCGACAGCGUCGAGGAUCUCGCCAAGCAGACUAAGAUCAAAUACGGUUCCCUAAAGUCCGGAUCCACCACCACCUUCUUCCGGGAGUCGAAGUUCCCGACGUACCAGCGGAUGUGGUCGUUCAUGGAGAACCAAAGACCGAGCGUCUUCACAAAGGACAACGCAGAGGGCGUGGAAAGGGUUAAGAAAGGAAACGGGGACUACGCCUAUCUCAUGGAAAGCACCUCCAUCGAGUACCAGAUCGAGAGAAACUGCGAACUGACCCAAGUCGGAGGACUUCUUGACAACAAGGGCUAUGGAAUCGCCCUUCCCCCAGGGUCACCUUACACAAGCGCCAUAAGCAGUGCGGUCUUACAGAUGCAGGAGAAGGGACGUUUCCUGGUCCUUAAGAGGCGUUGGUGGAAAGAGCGACGAGGAGGAGGCAAAUGCGAAGCGGAGCUGAGUAAGGGGAGCGGGGCGGCAAAUGAAUUGGGUUUGGCUAACGUGGGCGGGGUGUUUGUGGUCCUUAUGGGGGGCAUGGGGAUCGCCUGCAUCAUUGCCGUCUGUGAAUUUGUCUGGAAAUCCAGGAAACUCGCCAUAGAGGAAAGAGCUUCGCUGUGCCAAGAGAUGGCAAAGGAACUGAAAUUCGCUCUCAAGUGCCGGGGUGACACGAAACCCGUGAGGAAACAGGGAGGGAUGGAUGGGGAUGCCAUCCUCUCCCCUCUCUCUUCCGGAUAUUCCACCCAAUUCGGCGUGGAACCCGGACAGUAUGGCCACAACCGCAAGGAAUUAGUUUCUUGAAUUGAUUUACAGCCAGUGUUUUACAAGGAAUAAAAUUUAUCCGUUCUCAAAAAGAA